AUGCCGAAAAAGGACGAGUCAUCAGGGGACGAGUUCGUUCCAUCCGGCGAGGAGGAAAAUUCAGCGCCGGAGAAUCAAGGAUCUGACGAAGAAGAAGAGGCCGAGCAGGAAGAUGACUUCGACCCUUAUCAGCCGAGAAAGGCAAAAUUGAAUAGGAAGAAUAUUGUAGAAUCUGAAGAUUCGGAUAAACUAUCGACAGAUCCGGACAACUCGGAUGAAUACGACCCUGAUGAAAAGAAGUCCAAAAUGAAGCGAUCGGCAAAGCACGCAGAUUCGGACUCAGAUGAUCAGCCGAAAUUCACACCAUCACCUAAGAAGAAAAAAAUUGUCCAGAGAAGAAGAAGGCCGCCACGCAGGAGGCCUGUUUCAGAGUCAGACACGGAAGAUUCAGCAAGUACCGCGACAGAAUCAGAAAGUGAUGAAGCCGAAGCGUCUGAUAAAUCGCCCGCUGCUCCGACGGGAAAUACAGUUGUCGAUCAAUUACAAGCGAAGUUUCCCGAUGUUCCAAGAUCUGAUAUCACUAGAGUUUACUAUCAAUCCUCCUGCCAAAUGGACAAGGCAAUCGCGUACCUCACAAACGAAUACAGUCCGAGCAAAUUUUCAAAGCCAAAAGUUGAAAACGGAAGCAGAAGAGUCCCUGCUAACGGCCCUGAUUUGAGCGAAGAAUCAGAAGAGAGCGAGGACGAGAACGAAAAAACAAACCUGCAAUCUGAAGAAGACCAAGAGAGUGAAGACGAAAAACCUGUUGUAAAGAAUAAACGAAAAGCUCUAAAUUCUUCCGAUGAAGAAUGGUGUCCCGCUGCGAAGAAGCAAAAGACAAAAUCCUCCAAGAAAAAGCCAAGCGUCAACUCUCCAGCUCUGACGACGAUGAGAGACCAACAGCCCGUCGCGACGAAUCUGACAUGUCCGAUGGUGGUGUCGAUGACGAUUACUCCGAAGACGAAAAGCCGGCUAAAAGAUCAGCGUCGGCGGAAAAGCCGCUGCUGA